CGCUUAUACCCUUACCUCUUCAUAUCUGUUACCAUCACUUGUUUUCAGAAAACGUAUCAACUGGACAAUCAGUAGUCGACCAAAAGUCUGCUUACCAAAGUUGUGUCUUCAAGAGUGUGAUAUAAAUCACCAUGUCUCUUUUAGCUUUGACCCGCUCGUGGCCAAAUGCUUUUUCUGUAUUCGCGAUGAUCCUUCCGACUAUUUAUGGUGCUGUUAUCGACCAAACUGCCGCAAGUAGAGAUAAUACUACUCAAAUCAAAUCCAUUCAUUCCAGCAAUGCCUUUGACGACUUAUUAGAUCAUGUUCUUAAUAUCGAAGACUUUGUAUCUAAUCCACGUGUUGCAACUUGGCUGGCUUAUCUAUGGGUUCAAAUCUUGCAAGGCAUCGUUAUAUUUAUCUCGCUGUUGGACUUUGCUAUUUUUACUAGUCUAUUGAUCUAUGGCACUAUUUUAACCAUUCGUGCUACUCGUGGACUUGAAAAGUUUUUCCCGAUUAUGGUUGCUGUCCUUUUCCUAGUAUUUAGAUUCUUGUACCUUCCAUUCCUGAUGCUGCUUAUUCCUAUCCCGAAUAUCUGGCACUUUCCAAAAAUUGUCUUUAAAAUCACGUUUGUUGGACUAUUUUUACUCUACGUCAUUGUAUUUUUAAUUACCAUCAUGAUUGCAGCCAGUUGGGCCAUCAAGUAUCGCAUCUGGCGCAACUCUGGUCGUCAUGAAGACAAGGUGCUUAAGCGUGCUCGAUUUCGUGUGCGUAAACGCAUUCGUCACAAUCGUAUUCCGCAAAUAAUUGUUGUAAUGCCCAUCUACAACGAAGAACCAGAAGCUUUGAUCAAUGGGGUUAAAUCUGUUGUUGACUCAAUAUACCCCUCUGCUCGUGUUACUGUUUUUCUCAGUUUUGACUACGAUCAAGAAAGUCCUUUGUUUUUGCAUCUUAUGAAGUUUCUUACUCAGAACCCAACGGAAGAACCUGGACGCUAUUCAAAUCGCACUGUGUUGUACUACAAGGGUGUUCAGUUUGUUAUAAACAGAUUCCCUCAUGGUGGCAAGCGUGGUACGCAAGCACACACAUUUCAGCAGAUCAAGCAAAUGUACAGCGCCGUCGAGUCUCAAACUUAUGUUCUUUUUGUAGAUUCUGAUAUUAUUUUGUAUCCAGAUUGCAUGAUUGAGUUUGUUCGUGCCAUGGAAAAAGGCAAAAAUUUGGUUGGCAUGACUGGAUUCAUUUCCGCCAUUUCUUCUCGUGAACGCAACAUUCUUUUAUACUGCCAAGACUGCGAGUAUCUUACCAGUCAGGUGUUUUGGCGCUCGCUAGAAGCCUCCCUUGGUGGUGUGACAUGUCUUCCUGGUGCAUUGACUAUUUUGCGUCUCAAAGAGCUUUCCAAGGCAGCCGAAACUUACUUUUCCGAUCUCAAAACGGAAAACAUCUUUGACUUUCAUCGCUACCAUUUAGGUGAAGACAGAUACUUGACGCAUUUGCUCAUGGAACAGUCUCGUUCGUAUUCUAUCGGGUUUUGCCCAUCUGCACGCGCAAAAACUGAAGCUCCUAAUACAUGGUCUUCGUUUUUGAAGCAGCGUCGUCGCUGGUUGCUGGGUGCAUUUUCAAACGAAAUCUACUUUUUGUCCGACUAUCGCUUGUGGAUGCGCACUCCUUUUUUGCUUCUGUUUAAAUUCUAUGAUUUUACAGCUCGUUCCGCUUCAUCUUUUUUUAUUUAUGUUGUCGUCAUUCAGCUCUGCAGUGGUACAAACUACAAUUGGCUUCAAUUGCUGAUUUUGUUUGGUCCUGUCAUGAUCAACUGGCUCAUGUUGCUUGUAUUUGCUCUUGUUUUACGACGGUUCAAGGUGUUUUACAUGUUUCCUGUCAUGCUGAUUGUGACUGCAUGGGCCAAUUUCUUUGUCAAUGUGUAUUCGAUCUGGACAUGGAAUGUGCGUAGCUGGGGUGGUCCUCGCGCUUCGGAAAUCAAGCAAGACGAUAUGCUCGAAAUCGUAACAAGCACUUCCACCAAAACACCUGUAAACGAUACAGUUACUCUCAAUGGCGACUCGCCUUUGACUUUAAGAAGAAGCAGCACUUCCAAGAUUAUUGUUACAACCCAUGGACAAUCCGGCACUACGCGUACUUCUCCAACUUCGGUAUCGCCUGAUUCCAUUGGAAAUAUGCCAUCUCCAUCUUCUAGUAACAUGGAUAUGAGUCGCUCGUCAUCAGCAACAAAUGUUUCUUUUGAAAUGAGCAACGAUACUUUGACUGGUGUGGACAAACCCCUUCCUCCCGUUCAAUUUCUACCACCACUUACUUUAUUCGGAAACAAUUUCUCUGCAACCUCGUCCGUUUACUCUAGUGACUGGGAUUCGGAUGAUAUUGACUCUGAUGAUCUGGAUUCUGAUAGCGAAGGUAGUUUUGGACGCUCUGGAAGUUUAAGUGGAAGUCCAAAACUAAACGUAUAUCGUCAGCCUCUUUCCGGAAAUCUAACUCGACCUGGCUCACGCUACGCAGGUGGAUCUUUUUCAAAUGGAUCCACAUCGUCCCUUCAUAUCGUUACUCUUCCUCCAGCUGAAAUUGAUGGUUCUUUUACUGAUAAUCCCGAGCCACUGCAAUCUUCUGUGUCCCCUUCAGACAAUGUUCCACUUGGAAUGCAGUACGCUACACAUUCACGAUCAAACUCUUUACCAGGAGCUGCUGUUCGUAACCCAGCCUCAAUCACUCCUCCCAUUCAAUACUCGCCUGCUGGAAUUCAUCAGAGAAGCUCAAUAUCUGAUAAUCGUGCACAACCUAAUGAACGACCAAAAUAAGUCUUUUAUUUACAUGAAUACGAAUGUAAAAUGAAACACUUGUAUUUAUCUGCAAUGAUGUCCUCUUGUUCUGGAAUAAAUAAUAGCUGAAUAUUC